CAUCCGGUUGAAAUCGGUCUGGUUUAUGCGGUCUGGAAGUCCGGACUUCGGAGCUACUCGGUAGCAAGUUGCUGGUCGCUGGUGCCAACGCCCGGCUGAACAAACAUCAAACACUUGCUCCUAUAGUGACGGAUCGUUGUAGCUGAGACAGCAGCGAGGAUGCAGACGAUCAAGUGUGUGGUGGUUGGAGAUGGAGCCGUGGGAAAAACUUGCCUCUUGAUUUCAUACACCACCAACAAGUUCCCCUCUGAAUACGUACCAACAGUUUUUGACAACUAUGCAGUUACUGUCAUGAUUGGAGGAGAACCUUACACCCUUGGAUUAUUCGACACAGCAGGUCAGGAGGACUACGACAGGUUACGACCACUCAGUUACCCACAGACGGAUGUCUUCCUCGUCUGUUUCUCAGUUGUUUCACCAUCCUCUUUUGAAAACGUGAAGGAAAAGUGGGUCCCUGAAAUAACUCACCACUGUCCCAAGACUCCAUUCCUACUGGUCGGCACUCAGAUUGACCUGCGCGAUGACCCCUCCACGGUGGAGAAGCUGGCCAAGAACAAACAGAAGCCCAUCACUCCUGAGACGGCCGAAAAGCUGGCUCGUGACCUCAAGGCCGUCAAGUACGUGGAAUGCUCAGCCCUAACGCAGAAAGGAUUAAAGAAUGUGUUUGAUGAGGCAAUUCUUGCUGCCCUGGAGCCCCCCGAACCUAAGAAAAGACGUAAAUGCGUUCUGCUCUAAGUUCAUCACAACCUUCAUCGGACCACCUUUUUAGGUUAGCAGUCAUGAGAGGUUUGAUGCACAUUCCGACACACACACAAGCUAUUUGCCUCAUGACUCCAUGAUGAAGUCCAAGUGCAGUGUGUUCUGAUCGACUAACAUUUGACUUUCAAUACUUUAAAGCUUUGGAAAUAUCCUCACCUAACACAGUCACUCGGUAUGUAAAAUUAUAUCAAGUUUGAAAGCAUGUCUAAUAUUUUGUGGAUUUUACACAGUUGCCUUUAGACAUAAAGAGAACAAUGUUGUCGUGUUUGAACCACAGUGUUUCACAUGUAAAGCACAAGCAAGCAAAGACGGUGGUUUGGUUGUGUAACUAACAGGUGGCGACGGACACCUACUUAAAAAUAUUGUGCUUUUUUUUUUUUUUUAACUUUGCCCAGCUCUAAAACAAGAUCACGAAACCUCUCACAGGUGUGGGUCAUAACCAAGGCUGGUUGGAUUUUGAAACUGAGGCUGUGUUCCUAGUCUUGUGAGGAGUCAUUUGAAUAACAUUUGAUGAGACUUUAGCAAUGAUGUGCUGUGUUCUUACCAACCUGUAAAAUGAAUUCAAGCUAAAGGAGGUGUGUCACAGCCUCAAGCUCCGUCACUACUUUUUAAUCCAACAGCUGUGAAGUUGGACCAAAACAUGAAUGCAACUCUACUCCUACUGUAAUUGUAGGCAGCGCCUCAUGUCCUUAAAGUUGGCACAAGGAAGAACUCUCAUUACUAAUGCCUUUUUUUUUACAUUUACAUUUGAAAUACUGCCAUAUUAAAUGCCCAUGACUCCUCAGUGCACCAAUGGGCUGAACCAUCGUAUCAUCCUCUUCACAGCGAAUGAUGAAUCAGAGUAAACUAAAGUAGCACAUGAAAAUUCUCUUUUUUUGAUAUUGUCAAUUUUUUUAAAGACAGAUUGCUGCCUUUCCUCCAAUUAUUAGUGUAACAUGGUUUAGAAUUGACUGUAAAUAAAGUAAAAAAGAGACAUUUUUAAGUUAUUGACUCAAAAUCAACAAAGAAGCAGGGCUGACGUCGAGUUGAUUUCCUGUUUUCAAUUUAACAUGCUGUAUUUUCUUUGUGAUGAACAUUGAAAUAAAUAGUAUUAUGA